AUGGGAGAAUUUUUGGCCAUUUCUCAGUCCUCCAUAGUUUUGCCUCACUUUCGAUUCCAAGCUUGGAGUCAAAGACAGCAUUUCAUUGCUCAUAGUCAGCCAUUGAGGUCACUUCAUUCAUCUCCGCAUCCCUUGACUACCCCUCAGACACUGUAUCCAGAAUUGUCCACUGAAUCGAAGCAUUUCUACUGCGGGUUCAGAGCCAGUGUUGUCUCUGACUCUACAAGGCCAACUACCUUUUCUGUUGAUUCAGCUGGACCAGGAAUCGAUAUUCUGCCAGAUGCAGGUGGUGGUGGAGAUGAUUCUGGGGGUGCAAAUGGCGACGGUGGCGGCGGGGGAGAUAAUGGUGGCAAUGAGGGGGGGUCAGAUGAAGGCAAGGAUCAUAAUAGUAAAAAGAAAAUGGCCCUCUCUAUGUCCCAAAAAUUAACAUUAGGUUAUGCUUUCUUGGUUGGUGCUGGUGGUUUUAUGGGUUAUCUGAAGAGUGGCAGCACGAAGUCCCUGAUUGCAGGUGGAGUUUCUGCUUCCCUCCUGUACGCUGUUUAUGCUAUGCUUCCAACACAACCUGUUUUGGCAUCAGCAAUUGGUUUCAUCCUCUCAGCUGGACUUCUUGGAGUAAUGGGAUCUCGUUUUCUGAAGUCAAAGAAGGUUUUUCCAGCUGGUGUUGUCUCCUUUGUGUCUUUUGUUAUGACCGGUGGUUAUUUGCACGGAAUAUUGCGCAGUGCGCAUUAGAUCCCCUAAAAUGAGCCAAGUUUUGGUCAACAGACUGAACACAGAUAAUCACUAGUAUCUACUCUCUACUGUGGAUUAUAGUUUUCAUAUCUGUUUGAAUUUGGAUUUUGCGAAGUUUCCUAAGAGUUGUCGGGCUGCUUGAAGUAAACUAAUGUUGUAUCAAGGGAACCUUUGCUAACCCUCUUCCUCCGUCGUGUAUUCAUCCUGUCUUUGGAGAAGUUUUCCUCUA